AUGGACAACUUUGGUCAGGUUCUAAGGGAGGUCCGGAAGCAAGUCGAUCUCUAUGCCGGUAAAGGCGAAACCAUCAGCAUAACAGUGGCCGGCCACAGCUUGGGCGCGGCUUUGGCAACGAUCAAUGCGCUGGACAUCGUGACCAAUGGCUACAACGCGCCCAUCGACCACCCGAGAAUGCCUGCGAAGUUCUCCUUGUCCGAGAAGCUCCGCGCCCUUCGAGUGACCAACGCCCUUGAUAUCGUUCCCUUCAUCGCUCCAAUCAGAUGUUACCACGUCGGAGAACAGCUGCUGGUCGACUCGCGCAAGUCCCCGGACCUGAAGCCUCUCUACAAGGGUCCAACUGGCGCCGUGGCAAUCGGGCAUAUGUUGGAGACGUGCCUGCAUCUAAUCGCGGGCACACAAGGCAUCAAUAGUAACAAAUUCAAUAGGGAGCGUCGCGGGAUUGCGCUGCUGAACAAGGGAAUGGAUGCUCCGAAGGAUGGAAGCAAAAUUCCGGCUAAUUGGUUGGUGGCGAAGAACAAGAACAUGGUCCAGGUUGAGGUCACUGGAGACUGGAAAUUGGCCGAUCUGUACAUCCCACCUGCAGAAGAUAAUUAG